GCAACUAUGGCAUCGAAUGUACCUCAACCUAAAGCAUGGCCGAUUAUUGGAAAUGUGUUGGACGUGGAUACGGUCAACAUGACCCAGAGCUUCGAAAGGCUGGCAGACAAAUAUGGCGAGAUCUACAAGCUCGACUUGUUGGGCAAGCCAACCUACGUGAUAUCGAGCGUUGCCUUGGUCGCCGAGGUCUGCGACGAAAAGCGAUUCUGCAAGAAGAUCGACACAUUUCUGAACCAGCUGCGACUCGCUGUUGGCGAUGGCCUCUUCACAGCGCACAAUCAUGAACACAAUUGGGGUGUUGCACAUCGGGCCCUCAUGCCCGCUUUUGGUCCACUACCUAUACAAGCCAUGUACGAUGAAAUGUACGACAUCGCAAGCCAGCUGGUCUCGAAAUGGGCACGCGAUGGCGCGGAUCACGAAAUCAACGUCACGGAUGAUAUGACUAGACUUACUCUGGACUCGAUUGCGCUCUGCGCGAUGGACUACCGCUUCAAUUCGUUCUACCAUGAAGAGGUACACGAGUUCAUCCGAGCUAUGGGUGAUGUGUUGCUCGAAUCGGGGAAGCGAGCGAUGCGAAGCAAGAUUGAAGCUUGGCUUAACCCUUCCGCUGAGAAGAAGUUCUUCGCGGACAUUGCUACGUUGAAGAAGGUCGCCCAGCAGUGCAUUGAUCGACGAAGAGCCGGCCCGGGAAAGAAGGAUCUUCUGGAUGCCAUGCUCAAUGGCAAGGAUCCAAAAACAGGAGAGAAGCUUUCGGACGAGAGCAUCAUCAACAAUAUGAUCACGUUCCUCGUGGCAGGUCACGAGACAACAUCUGGAAUGCUAUCAUUCACUCUCUUCUACCUACUCAAGAAUCCCGAAACACUACAGAGAGCACAGCAAGAGGUCGACUCUGUGGUGGGAUCAGGUCCCAUCGAAUUCAAGCAUAUCAAAGAGCUGAAGUACAUCGAAGCAGCGCUUCGGGAGGCUCUUCGCCUCUGCCCAACGACUGUUGGCUUUUCUGUAGGGCCCGUCCCUGGUACUAAGGGACCAGUAACGCUAGCUGGGAAAUACGUGCUCCCUCCUGAUGCAGUCAUUAUGAUUCUGGGGACCAGAAGUGGUCGUGAUCCAAAGGUUUUCGGCGAGGACGCCGCCGAGUUCAAGCCAGAGCGGAUGCAUGAUGAACAUUUCAACAAGCUCCCUCCAGGGGCGUGGAAGCCUUUCGGCAAUGGUAUGCGAGGAUGCAUAGGCCGGCCCUUUGCGUGGCAAGAAGCCAUUCUGGCUCUGGGCAUCAUCCUACAAAACUUCAAUCUUCGCUUUGCAGAUCCAAGCUACGAAUUGAAGAUCGCCGAGACAUUGACAAUCAAACCCGACAACCUCCUCAUCAAGGCUCAAUUGAGAGACGGAAUCGAUCCCAUUCAGCUGUCAAAGAAGCUUCAUGGCGAGAUUCGAACUGCUGCUAGGGAAGAACCUGCUAAACACUUGGCUUCAAGCAAAAGUUCCGGAGACUCUGGUCAGUUGACAAUCUUCUUUGGCUCUUCUGCUGGUACAUGCGAAGGGCUUGCGCAGUCUCUAGCUGCCUCUGCACGAGUUCGUGGCUUCGACACAGUCGUUAAGUCACUCGAUGCGGCGGUAGACAGGUUUCCCAAAGAUCAUCCGGUCAUAAUCAUUACUUGCACAUACGAAGGCCAACCACCAGAUAACGCUAAAAUCUUCGUCGAGUGGCUCAAGACUGCGGAUAGGAGCAAGUUCGAAGGUGCACAAGUCACGAUCUUUGGCUGCGGUCAUCGAGAUUGGGUUUCGACAUAUCAAAAGAUGCCGAGAACAAUCGAGGGAGAGCUAACAGCGAAAGGAGCAGCACUGCUAGCUCCGCGUGGUGAGACAGACACUUCCCAAGGCACCAUUCUGGACGACUUCGAUGCUUGGACGAGUAGGCUUUGGCCUUCGAUCUCUGCCGAUGGGAAAGAAUAUAGUUCUGCCAGCUCUCUUGAGCUUCGCCUUUCCACGAAUUCGAGAGCAUCGCAUUUGCAUCACAAAGUCUGGGACGCAAAGGUCGUGAGCAAUCGGCGUAUUACAUCUCUAGAAGCACCAGAAAAGCGCCAUGUGACCAUCAGUCUGCCGAGGGAUAUGCAGUACGACGCCGGCGACUACCUAGCAGUGCUGCCUUUGAACAACCAGCAACUUGUCUCUCGAGUCCUACGUCGCUUCUCCCUGCCCUGGGACACGGCCAUGACUAUCACUAGCGGCUCUCAUGCAACCAUUCCGGAGAACCGAGAGCUUCCAGUCGCCUUAAUUCUCUCCGGUUACAUCGAACUCGGUGCUCGCGCAUCCCGCAAAAGUCGAGAUGUAUUGUCGGAGCACUCCAAACUCUCACUUGCAGAUGAACGUGGCUCAAUAAUCGACAUCCUGGAGCGUCAUCCAGAUAUCAGCAUCCCAUUUGGCACAUUCCUCGAACUGCACAUGCCACUUCGACUCAGACAAUAUAGCAUUUCCUCCUCGCCUCUCGCAGACCCCUCUCUUGCGACCAUCACAUUCAGCGUGAUCGAGAGCGAUGAGCACAUUGGGACAGCAACCAGUUAUCUGAAGAGUCUCGAGCCGGGCUCGACCCUGCAAGUCGCAGUCAAAAAGAGCUCAGCUGCAUUCCAUCUGCCCCUCGACGAAUCGAUUCCAGUCAUAAUGGUAGCUGCGGGCACGGGUCUGGCGCCUUUCCGAGGUUUCCUCCAGGAACGAGCAGUCAAAGCCGAAGCUGGAAGACAGCUGGGAGAAGCUCUUCUCUUUGUCGGAUGUCGAGAUCCAAAUCAGGACAAAAUUUUCGCUGAGGAGCUGGCUCAAUGGGAGAAUCUCGGUGUUGUGAAGGUACGUUAUGCUUACAGUCGGGCUUCAGAGCAGUCGGACGGAUGUCGGUAUGUUCAGGAUCGUGUGUACAAAGAGGCUGCUGAAAUCGCUCGCCUUUUCGAUCUCGGCGCGAGGAUAUAUAUAUGUGGAAGUGGAGCUAUGGGGAGGAGCGUCUCCGAUGUGGCUGUCAGACUGCUCGUCGAAGAAGCGGAGGACAAGGGCGAGAAGUUGUCGGAAGAGGAUGCGAGGCUCAGGUGGGAGAAGUGGCGGGGGGAGAGGUAUGCGCUUGAUGUCUUUGAUUAGCUUGUUGCGUGUGGGGAUUAUGCUGUUAUGGUCAUCUAUAGGCGAUCGAAUUAAUAUUCCGAAGCUCAUCACAUUUCAAGCGUCGAAUGUCCUUGCUCGCAGACCCAUGAGGACAGACUCAAUCAUCUUUUUCGUGAGCAUCAAUCGGAUCAAGAUGUACCUUCUUCCUCAUCUCCUCCUCCAGAAUCAUGCCCUUCACGCCCUCGCCCCUCCAAUCAUUAGUCCAAACAUGAUCCUGAUGGAAUUUCUGCGUAGGCCACCGCCAUUUCGCCCUCAGCUUCCUUCCCAAGUCGUCUUUCUCGACAUUUUGGAUGACGUCUACAAUCCUCUCGCCAAUAAUGGGUAAGAACUUAUACGCAUGCCCGCUCCCACCGGUGGCGACGAAGAGACCCUGGUAUCUUGGAUGAUAGUCGAUCAACCAGUCGCCCGUAGGAGUGUCAGUGUACCAGCAUAUUCUCGUGUGUGUGAAAGGACGAUCGGCAAGUUCUGGGAUACAGCGGCGGAGAAAGUUUCUGCAGACUUGCUUGGCUUCCGGGGGAAUAUCCAUGUCUGAGUCGUCGAGUUUGGUUUUGGGUAGCGAGACUGUGAUUUGUUCUCCAGCUUUCUCGGGAUGAGGAACGGUGACCGGGUUCGCAUAGCCAUAUCCAUGCCGUGCCACUUUCAGCUUGCGGUCUCGUGGUGGGAUGAUGAAGAGGCCGUCGUUUU